CUCCGGUCACCUUCCCAUAUCUCUCAUCUUCUCUCUCUCUCUCUCUCUCUCUCUCUUUCUUUCUCUAACCUUCUGAUUUCAACAUACACCGACUCGGUCCCUGACCCGCUCUGAGUCACCACCGAUUCGGUCCCCCGCCGGUUCGGUUCAAACCCGUCAUGGAGAUCGCUCACGAGCCACCGCCUUCUCUCGACGGAAGCCCCACCGCCGCCUCCUCCUCCGCUUCGUGGCCUCGCGGUUUGAAUGGAAAGGAGAUUGAAUCGACCGCGUCGCCGGCUGCUCCGCCGGUCAAGUACGACGAUGAGGAGGAGGAGGAAGAGGACGUGUGUCGGAUUUGCCGGAACCCUGGCGACGCCGAGAAUCCCCUCCGGUAUCCUUGCGCGUGUAGCGGGAGUAUCAAAUUUGUGCAUCAGGAUUGUCUCCUUCAGUGGCUUAAUCACAGCAACGCUCGCCAAUGCGAGGUCUGCAAGCACGCGUUCUCCUUCUCACCUGUUUAUGCUGAGAAUGCGCCCACUAGGUUACCUUUUCAAGAGUUUGUGGUUGGAAUGGGAAUGAAAGCUUGCCAUGUUCUGCAAUUCUUUUUGCGUCUGAGUUUUGUCCUAUCUGUGUGGCUCUUAAUUAUACCUUUCAUAACAUUCUGGAUAUGGCGAUUAGCUUUUGUAAGGAGUUUCGGUGAAGCCCAGAGGUUAUUCUUAAGUCAUUUAUCGACAGCAGUUAUUCUGACUGAUUGCCUCCAUGGUUUCCUACUUUCUGCAAGCAUUGUCUUCAUUUUUCUGGGGGCCACUUCUUUGAGAGAUUACUUUAGGCAUUUGCGAGAAAUUGGGGGACAGGAUGCUGAUAGAGAAGAUGAAGUGGACAGAAAUGGUGCUCGGAUGGCUAGAAGACCUCCUGGACAAGCUAAUCGCAAUAUUAUUGGUGAUGGGAAUGGUGAAGAUGCUGGUGGAGCACAGGGAAUUGCAGGGGCAGGUCAAGUAAUUAGAAGAAAUGCUGAAAAUGUUGCUGCACGGUGGGAGAUUCAAGCAGCACGGCUUGAGGCUCAUGUUGAGCAGAUGUUUGAUGGUCUGGAUGAUGCUGAUGGAGCCGAAGAUGUACCCUUUGAUGAACUAGUUGGCAUGCAGGGUCCAGUUUUUCAUUUGGUUGAAAAUGCAUUUACUGUUCUGGCAAGCAAUAUGAUUUUCCUCGGUGUCGUAAUCUUUGUGCCUUUCUCAUUGGGCCGCAUCAUACUCCAUUAUCUAUCCUGGUUCUUCUCAACUGCCAGUGGUCCUGUGUUGUCAGCUAUGGUCCCACUUACCGAUGCAUCUCUCUCCCUAGCAAAUAUUACUUUAAAAAAUGCAUUAAUGGCUGUUAAAAAUUUGUCAUCUGAUACUCAGGAAAGUGGAUCAAUUGGGCAGGUUGCAGAAGAAAUGCUGAAAGUGAAUGCAAGUGGAUUGAGUGAAAUGUCAAACAACGUAAGUGCAUCUGUUUCAGCUGAUCUCUUGAAAGGAGGGUUAAUUGGAACUUCAAGGCUUUCUGAUGUUACUACUCUAGCUAUUGGAUAUAUUUUCAUAUUGGCUCUAAUUUUCUGCUACUUCGGCAUUGUUGCUUUAAUUCGUUACACAAGGGGUGAGCCUUUGACUAUAGGAAGGUUCUAUGGUAUCGCUUCUAUAGUAGAGACAAUUCCAUCUCUCUUCAGGCAGUCUUUGGCAGCAAUGAGGCAUUUGAUGACCAUGGUUAAGGUUGCUUUUCUUUUAGUCAUUGAACUCGGGGUAUUUCCUUUGAUGUGUGGGUGGUGGCUCGAUGUUUGUACCAUACAGAUGUUUGGGAAGACAAUGGUUCACAGAGUUCAGUUCUUCUCUGCAUCUCCUUUGGCAAGCUCAUUGGUUCAUUGGGUUGUAGGGAUUGUGUACAUGUUACAAAUUAGCAUAUUUGUCAGCCUUCUUAGAGGGGUUUUGCGUAAUGGAGUUUUGUACUUCCUUCGGGAUCCUGCUGAUCCACACUACAAUCCAUUUCGUGACCUGAUAGAUGAUCCUGUGCACAAACACGCUCGCAGGGUUCUGUUAUCUGUUGCAGUUUAUGGGAGUUUGAUUGUGAUGCUGGUAUUUUUGCCUGUCAAACUUGCCAUGCGGAUGGCACCUUCCAUUUUCCCACUUGAUAUAGCGGUAUCUGAUCCAUUCACCGAAAUUCCAGCUGACAUGCUUCUCUUUCAGAUCUGUAUCCCGUUUGCUAUUGAGCAUUUUAAAUUGAGGACAACUAUUAAAUCCGUACUUCGCUAUUGGUUUACGGCAGUUGGUUGGGCACUUGGUUUAACCGAUUUCUUACUGCCUAGACCUGAUGACAAUGGUAAUCAAGAAAAUGGAAACGGGGAGCCAGCUAGGCAGGAAAGGCUACAGGUAGUACAAGCAGGGGUGCAUGAUCAGGGUAUGGUGCCAUUUGCAGGAGAUGAUUUGAACAGGGUCAUUAAUGCUGUGGGAGAACUAAAUGCUGAAGAGGAUUAUGAUAAUGACGAACAAUCUGAUUCUGACAGCUAUGCCUUCGUGCUUCGGAUUGUUCUUUUGCUGGUGAUUGCUUGGAUGACUCUCCUUGUCUUCAACUCUGCCCUGAUAGUUGUACCAAUUUCACUUGGAAGGGCACUUUUCAAUUCUAUUCCUCGUCUUCCCAUAACUCAUGGCAUUAAGUGCAAUGAUCUGUAUGCAUUCAUCAUUGGAAGCUAUGUGAUCUGGACUGCUGUUGCUGGAGUUAGAUACUCAAUUGAGCAAAUUAGAAAAAGGAGGGCUUCAGUUUUGUUGAACCAAGUAUCGAAGUGGUGUGCCAUUGUUAUGAAGAGUUCUGCACUUUUGUCUAUAUGGAUAUUUGUUAUCCCAGUGCUGAUUGGGCUUCUCUUUGAGCUUUUGGUUAUUGUACCAAUGAGAGUUCCGGUGGAUGAAAGUCCAGUAUUCCUCCUUUAUCAAGAUUGGGCAUUAGGCCUUAUAUUUCUCAAGAUAUGGACUAGAUUGGUUAUGUUGGACCACAUAAUGCCUCUCAUGGAUGAAACUUGGCGAGUAAAAUUUGAGAGGGUGAGAGAGGAUGGUUUCUCAAGGCUGCAAGGUCUUUGGGUUCUUCGGGAGAUUGUACUUCCAAUCAUAAUGAAACUAUUGACAGCAUUGUGUGUACCUUACGUUUUGGCCAGAGGUGUGUUUCCAGUGCUUGGGUACCCCUUGGUGGUCAAUUCCGCAGUGUAUCGGUUUGCCUGGUUGGGAUGCCUGUGUUUCAGUUUCUUAUGCUUUUGUGCCAAGAGAUUUCAUCUCUGGUUCACAAAUCUCCAUAAUUCAAUACGUGAUGACCGGUAUCUGAUUGGACGGAGGUUGCAUAACUUCGGGGAACAUGUUGAGAAGGAAAAUGAAGCAGGAAAUCCUAUAGGGCUGCAAGAUGCUAUUUUACUAGGUUCAAGUUUAAUUCAACAAGAUCGUGAAGCAGAUGCUGGACUACGGUUGAGGCGAUUAAAUCAACAAGCUGGCUGAGUAGGAUGGAUGGAUACUGUAGGUUGUUAAGCCUCCGGACUGUCAUGUUCAUGAAUCACUCAUGUAUACACCUUUGUUGGAUAGUUUUUACACUUGUCAUGACACCUGUAUUGCAGUCAAGAUAAACAGUUUGUGCAUGUUACUUGUUCAAUAAUUUAGCUAAUAGGAAAAAAAAAUAUGUAGAGCAAUUUUUUAUUUUCAAAAAAGAAAAAACCUUGUGAAAGAGGGAAGUGGAAUGCAUGCUAUUGUCUGGAUUGUCUGUGUGAGAAAUACUUUAAUUAAUAA